CAACAUAUAUCCCUAUAUAUACCUCACAGCUUCUUCCUUCUCAACCACAGACAAUAACCAAAACAUGGCUUUCACAAAAACUUCCUUAAUCCUUUUCCUUUGCCUCCUAGGUUUAUACUUUGUAACCGUCAAGUCUCAAAACUGCGGUUGCGCUCCAAACUACUGUUGCAGUCAGUUCGGUUACUGCGGUACCGGCGAUACUUACUGCGGUGCUGGAUGCCGAUCAGGUCCUUGUGGAGGCACUGAAACCCCAACCGGUGGUGGAUCGGUUAGUAGCAUUGUGACACAACAAUUCUUUAACAACAUUAUCAAAAAAACCGCUAGUGGCUGUGCCGGAAAAAGAUUCUACACCCGUGACUCUUUCAUUAACGCCGCUAAUACUUUUUCCAACUUUGCAAAUUCCGUUACUAGACGUGAAAUUGCUACCAUGUUUGCUCAUUUCACUCACGAGACUGGACACUUCUGCUACAUAGGAGCAAUAAUAAACGGAACGUCGUUAGCCAAAAAGAGAAAAAGAAACAGAAGGUCCCGUGACGACUGCGACCAAAACGUUGAGCAAAUACCAUGUGAACCGGGCAAAGGCUACUUCGGUCAUGGUCAGAGUCUCAAUCUCCACCUUCGACGUCAGCCCGAGGUUGUGGGUAGCAACCCAACUGUAGGUUUCAAAACAAGUUUGCGGUUUUGGAUGAAUAGCGUACGGCCAGUACUGAACCAAGGAUUUGGAGCCACCAUAAGAGCCAUCAAUGGAAUGGAAUGUGAUGGUGGGAAUACAGGUGCGGUCAAUGAAAGGAUUAUGUACUAUAGAGACUACUGUGGACAGCUUGGUGUGGACCCUGGUUCUAACCUUAGUUGCUAAAAAUUUCUUUGAACGCAAACACGCAUACACGUGAACCUGAUAUCAAUAAGUAGUAUUAUAAGAGUUUAAUAAGUUGUUGUAAUGUUAAUGUGUUAAAUAAGUUGUUGUAAUAAUGAGUGUGUUGAAUAACUGGUAAAAUAUCUCAUGAAAAACUCCAUGUGAUAUUCUUUAGGCCUAGUACUAUAAAUAGGAAGGCUCGGAAGGAUUCAGGACCAAGCUAAGUAAGUGAAUUAUGGAAUGAGUUGAGUUUGAGAGAGGUUGAGAGCCUUUGUAAUCUUUGAGUGUUUAUCAUAAUAAGAGCUUCCCCUUCUUAAA